AUGCGAAUUGUCCAUGAUCUCUCUUCUUUAGACGACAAAAGUGAAACUGAAGAAUCUGACGGUGAUAAUGGUUUUCCAUCUCAGUUAGCUGAUAUUGUUUUUGGUUUUCGAAACGAUAUGGAUAGAGUCGGAAUAUGGUCAUUUAUGUUAGUUUUGAAUGAAUUACCAAUAAAAGGGCGAUUUAUGUUAAAAAACAUCGUGUUACCACUAAUUUGGCCAACUGGUAAACUUCCCACAACUAAACAACUUCAAACAUCAGCUCGAAUUCUGGUAGCUGAAUUAGUGGAGCUCGAAGCAGGAUGUGAAUACUAUAUACCGGAAUUAGAGCGGACAACAAAAUUAUACUUGUACACAAUAGCCUCUUGUAAUGACAAACCAUCUCAAUGCAAAAUGGAAAAUAUGAAAUCCUAUAUGACUGAAUAUGGCUGCGAUGUUUGUUAUACAAGGGGUGAUCUGUUUCAUUUUAAUAAGUUGACACAAUAUAGUUUAUUCAAAAUUCGCCAGAAAGUAUUAAAACGUCAACCACCAUUACUUAUCUCUCCAUACGAACAAACACCUAUUUUACGUACCAAUCAAAUACAUGAUGAAAUUCUCGCUAAAAUGAGAAAACCGAUGAUGACCGAUGAAAAAGGACAUUUAGGUAAAGUAGACCAUCAUAGAAGUUUUAAAAUUCAUUUUUGA